AGAGAGCUGAAAAAUGUCAGGUUUUCUUGAGAGCUUGAGGUGCUCGGAGUGUGUUGACUGGGGAGAGAAACGCAACACCAUCGCUUCUGUUGCUGCUGGAGUGCUGUUUUUUACCGGUUGGUGGAUAAUCAUAGAUGCAGCUGUAAAAUACCCUAAAGUGGAAGAUUUCAACCAUUCAUACCAUGCAUGUGGGGUUAUAGCCACUAUUGCAUUCCUAAUGAUCAAUGCGGUGUCCAACGGACAAGUGCGGGGUGACAGUUACAGUGAAGGCUGUCUGGGCCAAACAGGUGCUCGGAUCUGGUUGUUCAUCGGGUUUAUGAUGGCUUUUGGAUCUCUGAUUGCUUCCAUGUGGAUCCUUUUUGGAGGCUACGUUGUUAAAGAAAAACCUGUCGUAUACCCAGGAAUAGCUGUGUUUUUCCAGAAUGCAUUCAUCUUUUUUGGAGGACUGGUCUUCAAAUUUGGUCGCACGGAAGAUUUGUGGCAAUGAACGCGCCUGCGGAAGUGCAUUGGCCCUGCUGGUUUUUUAACUGCACACUCUCAAAAUUUUGUAAAACCAUUUUGUAAACAGUGACCUUCAAUUGUGUCUAAAGAUAAAACAAGGAAAACUUCAAUCAUAGCACUAAAAAUUCUGGUUCUAUUCUGUUUAA